AUGAGAAUCAUACUAAUUAUACGGAAAUGGAGACACGAAUCAGGUUUCAUCGCCUAUGCUUCAGUAUUUUUAUAUCUCCUAUUCAUUAUUUUAUUCACAAGUUCAAAUGAUUCAAUUAAAAUUGAGAGCUCCUUCAAAAAUGUAGAUACAACUAGGAAUGGGAAGGAAGUGUGUGCUUUGCCAAUCUAUGAUUUUUGGCAUGAAAGUGUUAAACCGCUUUUGAAGGGCCAUAACCCUAUGAAAAAUUGUGAUAAAACGUUUCGAAAAUGGACGGAAUUGGAGAAUGGAGAAUGGAGGAUAGUUAAAGAGGGUGCAAAUUGUUCAGCGAGAUCCCAAAAAAAAUCUUCUAGGUGUUUUGAAGGAAUUGGCGCUAAGAAAGAGGUUGUAUUCCAAGAAUGGAUGAAACCUGGGAAAACCAAUUGCGAAUUCAUUGAAGCCGUUUGUUGGGAGAAUAAUACAGAAGCCUAUGGAUACACACAUUCACAAAUUAUACCGAGGCAAGUUCUGGGACUUUGGAAUUAUAGAAAAAUAUACAAAAUUCCAAUUUCCAGAACCCCAAAACCUCCAGAAACAAAGUUCCCCUCUCCUCCAAAUGUUCUUGUCUUCACAAUCGACUCUCUGAAUACUGGAAUGGCCAAGAGGUCUCUUCCGAAAUUCCUUCCAUAUUUUCAAUCCAAAUUCUCUGGAAUAGAGUUUCCAUUUGUGAAUAAAGUUGGUGAGAAUAGUCAGCCUAAUGGGUUCCCACUUUGGUUUGGGAAACGGAUAGAGGGCGGACGAACGGUGGCUUGGGAAGAGUUGAAGCCAGAUUGGAAUGAAACUGAGUAUUGUGAGAGGUUUUUGGAUAACGAGACACACAUUUUUAAGGAGUUCAAGCAACAUGGAUAUGCAAGGAAUCAUCAAAUUCUGGAUGACUCAUUUGUCCUUUUUGUAGCCGAUCAUGGUCUCCGAUUCGGAUAUGGAAACUACUUUACAACAGAAAUUGGAUCUUUUGAAAGGCAUAAUCCAUAUCUAGCAAUAUCAGUGCCCAAGAAAUAUCGGGGUUCUGAAACUGGACUACUGGAUAUUCUUAAGAGGAAUUCACAGCAGUUACAGACUCAUUUUGAUACAAGAGCAACGCUGCUGGAUAUUUUGAAGUUCCAACCAAUGUUCAACUUCACGGAUCGUGAGCAUAUCAAAAUUCAAAAUGAAAUUGGAGAUUCGUUGAUUCGUAAACAACCCGAUGAGCCAAGAACAUGUGCAACACUUCCGAUUCCACAGCAGUACUGUAUUUGUCAAGUUCAAAAAUUUGAGAUUCGGAAUAAAAUUCUGCAACGCAAUCUUGGCAAAAAACUUGUAGAUCAUGUACGUUAUCUAUUGGCCAAAUCAAAUGUAUCCCAACUUUGCGAACAGUAUGAUUUAGAAGAGGUAUGUCACAAGCUCAUCGAAUAUGAUUACACCAAAUCCUGGAACACCUACAAAAUCUCAGCGAAAACCACAUUUUCUGCGCAUUUUGAAACUUUAAUGGUUUAUAAUGAGAAUGAUGGAAGUGUCAAUUUCGGGAAGGUGGUUCGAUUGGAUACCUAUGGAAGUACGGCGGAUUGUACGAAGAAAGUGAAAUUUCAAGCAUUGUGUCAUUGUAAAAAGUGA